AUGACUUCGAGAAGAUCCAACUCUCGCGAUUCCGAUAGGGUGCGAACUCGAACUGGUAGUGCCAAUGCGGAACGUAUUCGAUCCGGAGAUACCCAACUUCCGCGGCCUUCAACCCAAGGGGCCAAAGACCCUGAGGCUGAAAAAUCUGUUGCUCGCGUUAAGUUGAGUAGCCCAACGGGUUCGGAGGGGCGUUAUCGUCCUCUGAAGAAGGCUAAAACGAAUGGCUCCAAUCGUCGUCUUGGUGUCUCGGGUGAAGCGGCUGUUGCUAAGCCGUUCCACUGGCAGUUCUCGCAUUCCAAGGAUUGUCAUAUUACGGAAGAUCCAGAUAGUGUUGCUCAUUUGGUGAGGCACGUCAAACCUGCUGGAUUUCCACUUCCCUCUUUGCAUAAUAUGACGGAGCGCGAGGCUUACGCUAUGGAGGCUAACAACAAGUUUGCGGCGACUUUAGAAAAAUGCCUGCAAGAUGUUCCGCGUUCUGACGAACUUUAUGAAAUAAAGAAGGUUGUUCGUGAGCUAAAUCUCGGUCUGAAGAUGGCUCAAAACCGGGAGCGUGCCAAUGCUGCUCAACUGGCCGCCGCUGAAAAGCUGGGAAAUCAGGCUGCUUCGCUCGAAGCUUGUCUGCGAGUUGUGAGUAACGAAAAGAAGUCUGCCCUCGAGCAAGUUUCCUUUUUGGAAGCGAAGGUUGAAUCUUCUGCCAAUAAGUUCUCUGUCGACUUUCGCCGCGCGACUCGUGAGGCCAAAAAGACUAUGGUGGAUAGCUAUCUGGAUGUGCUGGUCUUUCUGAAGGAAAAAUGGGAAAAGAAGAAGGCUGUAACUGAUUGUGAGGCUCAUCUUUGGGAAGUCGUGGCAAAUAUAGAUCUCUUGAAGGAGAUCAUGAGCAACAAUCUCCUAGCUUCGGAUGAGUUGUUGCGGCUUCGAGCGAAGGAGAUCGAGCUUGGGUCCGAGGUCGAUGUGAUUGCAACUUUGGAUUUCUCCGUUGGGAAGCUCGACAUGCCUCAGAUUUCAGAGGAUCUGCCAGAGGAUUUCUUCGAAAAGGUCCCUUCUCCGGCUGAUGACGUGGCGAUGUGCUCGAGUGAUCGCUUUGAGGAUGGUGAAUUCAGCAUCGGAGAGUAG